GCGCAUGCGGUGUGAGGGCCGGCGCCCUGGCGCCCAGCACACGAAGACCGCGACCACGGUGACCGUGACAAGGCGAUGUCGCGGCUGCUCUGCUCCGAGCCCGUGGGCAGCACCUCCCCUCGGGGUCACGGGGGGCCCCGGCGUCACUCCACUUCCCAGGAAGGCCGCGGCCCGAGGGUGCGGGGCUGGCUCCGCCUGUGGAAACUGGCCGCCAAGCCAAGCAGCCUUAUCGCUUCCUCCCCGCCCGGAGUCGACAGCGGACGGACGGCGGGACUUCCCGGCUUGUCUCCAGAAGCCGGCGGCCACCUCCCCCCUUCCUCCUGGUUUGUAGUUGUUUGUUUGAACUUGAGACUUCCUGAGCCUGGAAGGUGUUUCUGGCUUGCCCUGCGGAGCAGCUCCGUGACACUGGGCACUCAGCCCCUCAGGCCGCCACCCCCGAGGAAGGAAACGCCUAGAACACACACAGGGACACAGAUGCAUUCUGCCCAGUCUCCGUCUGUCUGUCACACGACGUUUCUGCGGCUCUGCUCUGUGGGCUGGGGGCCUCGGCCAGGCUGCGGGAGGCCAGGCCUGGGAAAGGACGGCCGGAGGACGUCACGGAGGUGGCUGAAUCCUCCUAAAUUCUUUCUUGGGACUUGGUGAAGCCCAGGGUCACCGAGACUUGAGUGCCCAUUUCUUGGGACAACGCAGGCCCGCCUGGGGAGCUGCGUGGCUGCGGCAUCGGGGGAGUCGAACUCGGCCUGAAGAACCUGAGCCGCUUUUGCCCUGAAGCAACCCUGUGACAGGCACUACGAUGGCCGAGAAGGGCGCCUCUCGGGGGACCCUGCGUCGGCUCUGGUCACUGCCCCGGAGGCGCCGGGGGACUACCGGCUGCUCCAGGCCAGAUGAAAUCAUGCACCAGGACAUCGUCCCACUCUGCGCCGCUGACAUCCAAGACCAGCUGAAGAAGCGCUUCGCGUACCUGUCAGGGGGGCGCGGGCAGGACGGCAGCCCCGUCAUCACCUUCCCCGACUACCCGGCCUUCAGCGAGAUCCCCGACAAGGAGUUCCAGAGUGUCAUGACCUACCUCACCAGCAUCCCCAGCUUGCAGGAUGCCGGCGUGGGGUUCAUCCUGGUCAUAGACCGGCGGCGGGACAAAUGGACCUCCGUGAAGGCGUCCGUCCUGCGGAUUGCGGCGUCGUUCCCAGCGAACCUGCAGCUCGUCCUCGUCCUCCGCCCCACGGGAUUUUUCCAGAGGACUCUGUCCGACAUCGCGUUCAAGUUCAACAGAGAUGACUUUAAGAUGAAGGUGCCGGUCAUCAUGCUGGGCUCCGUGCCAGAGCUACACGGCCACAUCGACAGGUCGCAGCUGACCGAGGACCUCGGAGGGACGCUGGACUACUGCCACACCCGGUGGCUGUGCCACCGCACAGCAAUCGAGAGCUUCGCGCUCAUGGUGAAGCGGACGGCGCAGGCGCUGCAGGCCUUCGGGACGGAGCUGGCCGAGACCGAGCUGCCCAACGAUGCACCGUCCACGCGUGCCGUGCUCUGCGCACACACUGAGAAGAGGGACAGGGCCAAGGAGGACAUGAGGCUGGCGCUGGAGGAGGGCCGCGGCGUCCUGGAGAGCGUCAGCGCGCCGCUGGCCCAGGACCCAGAGCGCAGCGUGAACCAGGACCAGCUGGACAACCAGAGCACUGUGCAGAGGCUCCUGGCCCAGCUGAGCGAGACGGAGGCGGCCUUUGACGAGUUUUGGGCAAAGCACCAGCAGAAGCUCGAGCAGUGCCUGCAGCUGCGGCAUUUCGAGCAGGGCUUCCGGGAGGUCACAGCCACCUUGGACGUGGUGUCCCAGAAGGUCGCGGCCUUCACGGACGUGGGCAACAGCCUGGCGCACGUGCAGCACCUGCUGAGGGACCUCGCCGGCUUUGAGGAGAAAUCCCGCGCGGCCGUGGACAGGGCCCGGGCGCUGUGCCUGGACGGCGAGCGGCUCAUCGAGGACAAGCACUACGCCGUGGACUCCAUCCUGCCCAAGUGCGAGGAGCUGCGGCAGCUCUGCGAUGCCUUUGCUGCCGAGGUCGGGCGGCGGCGGGGGCGGCUGGGCCGGUCGCUGGAGCUGCACGGCCUCCUGGAGACGUCCAUGCGGUGGAGCGACGAGGGCAUCUACCUGCUGGCCUCACAGCCUGUGGACAAGUGCCAGUCCCAGGACGGGGCGGAGGCCGCCCUGCAGGAGAUCGAGAGGUUUCUGGAGACGGGGGCAGAAAGCAAGAUCCAGGAGCUCCCCCAGAUCCUCCAGGACUACGAGUCCAUCCUCAACCAGGACCUGACGGAGCACGUGCGCAAGGUCUUCCAGAAGCAGGCGAGCACGGAGGAGAUGUUCCGCCGCCGGCAGGCCAGCCUCAGGAAGCUGGCGGCCAAGCAGACGCGGCCGGUGCAGCCCGUGGCGCCCCGGCCGGAGGCGCUGACCAAGUCGCCCUGCCCCUCCCCAGGCAUCCGGAGAGGCUCAGAGAACCCCAGCUCCGAGGGCAGCGUGCUCCGGAGGGGGCCCUACCGGCGGGCCAAGAGCGAGAUGAGCGGGAGGCAGGGCCGCAGCAGCUCCGCGGGGGACGAGGAGGAGAGCCUGGCCGUGCUGCGCAGGCACGUGAUGAAUGAGCUCCUGGACACGGAGCGCGCAUACGUGGAGGAGCUGCUGUGCGUCCUGGAGGGCUACGCGGCCGAGAUGGACAACCCGCUGAUGACGCACCUCAUCUCGACAGACCUGCACAACAAGAAGGACGUCCUGUUCGGAAACAUGGAGGAGAUCUACCACUUCCACAACAGGAUAUUCCUGCGGGAGCUGGAGACCUACGCGGACUGCCCGGAGCUGGUUGGAAGGUGCUUCCUGGAGAGGAUGGAAGACUUCCAGAUCUACGAGAAGUACUGCCAGAACAAGCCGCGGUCCGAGAGCCUGUGGCGGCAGUGUUCUGACUGCCCGUUUUUCCAGGAAUGCCAGCGGAAGCUAGACCACAAGCUGAGCCUGGACUCAUACCUGCUGAAGCCCGUGCAGCGGAUCACCAAGUACCAGCUGCUGCUCAAGGAGAUGCUCAAGUACAGCCGGAGCUGCGAGGGCGCGGAGGGGCUGCAGGAGGCGCUGAGCUCCAUCCUGGGCAUCCUCAAGGCCGUCAAUGACUCCAUGCACCUCAUCGCCAUCACCGGCUAUGACGGCAACCUGGGCGACCUGGGCCGGCUGCUCAUGCAGGGCUCCUUCAGUGUGUGGACUGACCACAAGCGCGGCCACACCAAGGUGAAGGAGCUGGCGCGCUUCAAGCCCAUGCAGCGGCACCUCUUCCUGCACGAGAAGGCCGUGCUCUUCUGCAAGCGGCGCGAGGAGAGCGGCGAGGGCUACGAGAAGGCCCCGUCCUACAGCUACAAGCAGUCGCUUAACAUGACAGCCGUCGGCAUCACGGAGAACGUGAAGGGGGACGCCAAGAAGUUCGAGAUCUGGUACAACUCGAGGGAGGAGGUCUACAUCGUCCAGGCGCCAACACCAGAGAUCAAAGCGGCCUGGGUGGGCGAGAUCCGGAAGGUGCUGACCAGCCAGCUGCAGGCCUGCCGAGAUGCCAGCCAGCACCGGGCGCUGGAGCAGUCACAGAGCCUGCCCCUGCCGGCCGCGCCCGGCUCCAGCCCCUCAAGAGGGACCGCAAGAAACAUCAAAAAGCUGGAAGAGAGGAAAACAGACCCGCUGAGCCCGGACGGCUACGUCAGUGCCGCGCCGCCGCCGCCAAAGGCCCCGGAGAAGGGCAGAGACGACGCAGUCACUAGCUCUACCUCAGAAAGCUCCGCGCUUUCCAGAAAGCGCUUCACCCUGCAGGGCUUUGCUAGCAUCAAAGGGCAGAAAGCGUCUCCCACCAGCCCCGACAAGAAAGCCAAGCGGCACCAAGUAAAGAGCGACCCGACUCCCUUUGGAGUGCGAGGUUGGAACAAGACGUCGCACUCGCCGGAGGCCCCCGGGGACGACGCGGACUGGUCGAGCGCGGAGGAGCCGGUCAACUCGUCCGACGCGGAGGAGGAUGGCGGUGACCCGCCCAAGAAGCUGGUCCCGGGCAGACGCACGGUCGUGGUGGGCCACGUGGAGGCCGGCCCCGGCGUCCUGGCUGUGAGGAGUGGUGACGUGGUCGAGCUGGUCCGGGAGGGCCAGGAGGGCCUGUGGUUCGCACGGGACCCCGGCUCAGGCAAGGAGGGCUGGGUGCCGGCCAGCAGCCUGUCCCCCCACCUGGGCAAGUCCAGCUCGGCGCAGUGCCUGAGCAGCUCAGAGUCCAGCCCGGGGUCGGCGGUGCUCAGCCACUCGUCCAGCUGCAGCGAGAGCGGCCAGGCCCCCUUCACGGAGCUCCAGGGCUAGGCCACGUCGCGGGCGCCGUGCGGGAGAGCGGACCGCUUUCUUUGGCUUGGGCUUGCGCAGCUUGGCGAGGGGACGGUGCUCUGGGAUACCCUGAAAGGGAGGCCCCAACUGCCCUGCAGGAGAGCCACGGGGAGACCCUCGUCCGCGGAAGCCUCCUCGGAAAUCCUGGUGCGGACAGAGGCCCCUGAGCCGCCUUGCUGGCAGGAGGCGCCGCCCCGGCCCGGCUCCUCAUCUCUGGGCGGGAGCCGCUGGCGGAAGGGGAAGGUCAGACCCAGCGCCGCUUCCAAGAGGAGUGAACGGCUCCAACCAACAGCCCGAGGGCAGAGGGGACUCUUUUGUCUUUUACAAAUUGUAGGAUUUUUUUAAAGCAGGGAUUAAUCCCAUGGCCAUUUUUCAUGGUACUUUGGCCUUGAAUCUUUACCAAGAAUCACUGUGUUUACAUGAGAUGACAAUUUGAUACUGUAUUUGAUAUAAAACUAUUUUUUGUUAUUGGGGUUUACAUCAAAGCAUGGGGUUCAUACCGCUAAAUGAUUUUGGGGUCUGUCACGGAACUGGAUGGAGCCCUGAGCUCACCUGGCCACAGGUGAGUGAAAUCACACCCUGUUUGACGUCCGGCGGUGCAUCCCUGGCCGGAGGAGGUGGAAACCAAGGAGAUCCCUUCACUUGUGUAGGUUUCAUUUUCAAAAGAAAAUUCAAACUAUAAUUUAAGGUAGUAAAUUCUUUUCUACGAAGAGUGGGGGAAUAAUUUGAUUUUUUUAAAGAGCUUCACUGAGUUAGAAUAUUUUUUAUCAUUUUUAAAGAAAAUACAAAGAUGCCGCUUCUGCAGGGCAUCACCUGGACCGGCCCAGCCCCGCCUGGCAGUACCUCGUUUCCGCCGGAACACACCCGCCCCCGCGCAAGGGCAGCCCCGCCCCACUCUGCGUCACACUCAGCACAGAAGUGCGAGGGCACGUUAGCUGUGCCCGGAUCAUGGCGCAAAGCAAAGAACGCGCUUCUGUCUGACCCUUGCUGUUGUUUCAGAAACAAACUGUUCUUUCGAAACAGGCUCCUGUGUCUGGCCAGACAGGUGUGUGUGUAUGUGUGUGUGUGUCUGUGUAUACAUACGUGUCUGGAGGCAAAGGCAUGUUCACGUGUCCAUGCUGCUGUGCUAUGUCCUCCUGCCACGCGGGCCGGCCUGGCCGAGCUCCCACCAGGUUUCCAGGUGCGUCGCCUGCCCCGCCCCGUGGCACACAGAGCUGGCGCCGGACGGGCCUCUGGACUUUGGGAAUAAAAUAGGAAACCUGGAGACUUGGCAGCUUUUCCUCUGGUGAGUGAGCUAUCUGGGAGAUGACGUGUGAUGCGAUCCGUGUUCUCGGUAGUUCUCACACAGCCCCUCGUCUCCACAGGGCCGCCCGCUCUGCUGUGUGAUCUCGUCGUCAUGACGGCACUUUAACCCCCUUGUUUCACUCACUGUCACUGUUUUGUGUUUUUUUUUUGUUUUUUUACUGCUGAUGUAAAUGAAGUUUAAUGGUCAGAUUCUCUAUUGUGCGGAUGACGUCUGAAUAAAUGUGAGCCGCUCCCG